AUGGGUAGUGAACGUUGGGAGCGCGAUCGUUUCGAAGACGAUAGAUACUACAUGAGGGGCGGCAGGGGCCGAGAGCGUUCUGAGGAUCGCUACGACCGCAGCCGAUACUAUGAAGACGACUUUGUGCGAGACCGACGAUACCACGACGAUGAACUCCGAUACGAGCCAAGAAGAGAGCCAGCCCGUCAGCCAGAGUUCGAUCGUCGUAUGGUCAUAGAGAAGGAAAGAGACCGAGAGUACUAUAGGGAUUCUUCCCCGCGCAGACCUGCUUUCCUCCGACGUCAGUCUUCCUUGGAUACCUAUGAUCGACGUCCGCUUCGCAAUAUUUUCGACCAGCGCGAGGAAUACCCCCCUCCUGCUAGACGAGAAGACAUAUUUAGGGACGAAUACCGGGCCCCACCUUACACGCCUAUUCCUCUCCCAAAGGCCAGAGGCCUUCCCCCUCCCGGAAGACGGGAUGAUCGAUACUAUGACUAUCGUCCAGAGUCGGAAUACUAUCCGGAAGACGAAUAUAGACAUAUGCCAGAGCGUGUUAGGGAGCGAGAAAUCAUCAGGGAGCGUGAUAGGAGGGAUAGGAGUCGAGAAUCAAGGGGUACUCGAACUCACACCCACCGCAGCAGCUCACGAUCCUCGAGCAGCUCCUCCAGCAGCGGCGGCGGAGCCACAGUUCGCAGCGAGUACCCGAAGAAAGGCAAAACCAAGAUUCCCCUCCGUUUGGUUUCCAAGAGAGCCCUUAUUGAUCUCGGGUACCCUUAUGUGGAAGAGGAAAAUACAAUCAUCGUUCAAAAGGCUCUAGGCCAAGACAAUAUCGAUGAACUACUAAAAUUGAGUGAAGAAUACAUCAAAGUUGAUCAAGAGGUUAUCGCGGCCCGCUCUGCUGCUGGUGACAUAGUCGAGGAGAGAAUCGAGGAACGGAAGCAGAAGGUCAUCGAGACAAAGGCCCCGCCGCCUCCUCCCCCGGUGGUUGUUCCGGCACCACCUCCAGCCCCUAUUGUGGUCCCGCCUCCGGCUCCGGUUCCGGUUCCGGUUCCUCCCCCUCCCCCUGCUCCGGUUAUCGUGGAUGCAGGUCCUCGCGUCGACAUUGUAGACAAGACUGUCAUUCGGGAAAUAUCGCCAUCACGAAGCUCUAGUAGCUGGGACUCGGGUCACACUCAUCACCAUAGACACCACCACCACCAUGAUGAUGGUGCGCUUGUAGUCGUGCCUCGUUCCCGUUCCCGAUCCCGGACCCGCCGCGAUAUUCGCGCUGAGAUCAAGGCACUAGAACGAGAACUGGUGCACCGGCCAAGGGCAGAGGUGGAGCGUGAAGUGGUGCGAACCGAAAGACUGCCGGACGGCCAGCUUGUAGUUUAUGAAGAGGAAGUUGAAAGGACAGUUGCCCGGCCUAAACCUCCUCGGAUUGAGAAGGACAAGAAAGGUAGGAUGUCCAUCAGCGUACCAAAAUAUCGAUGA